CGGAAUUUUCGGAUUCUACUCGCCGAAAUCUACAGGAUUAUGUAAAAAAAAACUUACCAAUUUUUGGUUUCCCAAAGUAUAAUGCAGCCGACAACUGCAAAUGGAUAUUCAAAUCCAAUGUUACACAUAUAAGAAUUUUAUCUAACUCAUCAAACAGAUUCUCAGUCGAUGUGUGCGUUAAAGCAACUUCAUCAUGUAUAUUCUUUGAUCGUAUAUAGUAAGAGAUAGGAGAUGCCUAUCCUUAGUAAAAUCGUAACCAACGAAUUGAAAAAAUUAUUUAUCGUGGUUGUUUGAUACGUACAUAUAAUUGUUGCUUGUGUGCGGAAAACAGUACAUUCCAUAACUGUCCAUAACUAGUACAAAAUUUGACAAUGCAAUACGUAUAGAUAAUGAGAAUAAACAUGUCUAGCUUUAAAAUAGUGCAUAUUUAACAUGUCGUAAAUGUAUGAAAGAAGUAUUGAGUCAGUGCUGCCGACAAAGAAUCUGUGAGUUUUAUAUAUAUCACGUGUAACCUCUUUUAUGCUUCAAUUGAUUAAAGAUUGUAAUAAUAGUUGAAAGAAGAUGAAGUUUGCAGAGCAUUUAUCUGCUCAUAUUACACCUGAGUGGCGUAAGCAAUACAUUAGUUAUGAGGAAAUGAAGGCUAUGCUUUAUACUGCUAUAGAAGAAGCACCCUCGGCUGAAAGUGUAGAACCAGAAGUAAUAUCUCGACACUUUGCUUCUUUCGAUGAGGUGUUUUUCACAUUUUGUGAUCGUGAAUUGAAAAAAAUUAAUACUUUUUAUUCUGAAAAGUUGGCAGAAGCAACACGUAAAUAUGCAGCUCUUCAAAGUGAAUUGAAAGUUGCUCUAGAAUUGCAGCAUGGUGGAGGCAAAAAUAAAGGAAAAGUAAUUGUUAAAACUCAUUUACCAACGAGGAAGCUUAGGGAACUGAAACUUGCAUUCUCAGAAUUUUAUUUAUCUCUCAUACUUCUUCAGAAUUAUCAGAAUCUUAAUUACACUGGUUUUCGGAAGAUUCUUAAGAAGCACGACAAGUUGUUGUCAGUAGAUAGCGGUUCAAAAUGGAGAGUAGAAUGCGUAGAGACAGCACAUUUUUACACGUCAAAAGAUAUAGACAAACUUAUACAAGAUACAGAAACUACUGUAACAAACGACUUAGAAGGUGGAGACAGACAGCGUGCCAUGAAAAGAUUACGUGUACCCCCUUUAGGCGAGCAUCAAAGUCCGUGGACUACUUUCAAGGUUGGAUUAUUCUCUGGCAGUUUCAUUAUCCUAUUUGUAGCAGUCGUACUUUCAGCAAUAUUCCAUGAUGGCGGAGAAAACUUAAAAAUCGCAUUUAGAUUAUACCGCGGCCCUUUGCUUAUUAUAGAAUUCUUAUUCCUUAUUGGAGUGAAUGUUUACGGGUGGCGAUCGUCGGGCGUAAAUCAUGUAUUAAUAUUUGAAUUGGAUCCUCGAAAUCAUCUUUCCGAACAACAUCUCAUGGAAUUAGCUGCUGUUCUUGGAGUCAUAUGGACCCUUAGUUUAUUGAGUUUUUUAUACAGUGCUAGUUUAAGUAUUCCACCAUAUGUAAAUCCAUUAGCCUUAGUUUGUAUAAUGCUGGCAUUUCUUUUGAAUCCAUUAAAAAUGUUUCGUCAUGAGGCUCGGUUUUGGUUGUUGAGAAUUAUUGGACGAGUUUUAAUAUCGCCAUUCGCAUAUGUCAAUUUCGCUGAUUUCUGGUUGGCAGAUCAGUUGAACAGCAUGGCUACGGCUUUGUUAGAUUUUCAUUUUUUGACAUGCUUUUACAUCACUAACGGAAACUGGUUGGAAGCAGGCGAUACCAUCCAAUGUAUGUCUGGUUCUCUACUUGUUAGGCCUAUUGUCAAUUGUCUACCCGCAUGGUUUCGUUUCGCGCAAUGCAUUCGACGGUACCGUGAUUCAAAAGAAGCAUUUCCACACUUGGCUAACGCUGGAAAAUAUUCGACAACUUUCCUUGUUGUUAUAGCUAAUACCAUGUGCGUCUAUCGGGCUGUGGACUAUUCAAGUCGAUGGGAGAAUCCAUGGUUGUGGCUUUGGGUAAUCAGUUGCUGCGUCAAUUCUAUAUAUUCCCUGACUUGGGAUUUAAAGAUGGACUGGGGUCUUUUAGAUAACAAUGCUGGUGAAAACAGAUUUUUGCGUGAAGAAGUUGUGUAUUCAGCAGCGGAGAUUUGUUUGGAAUUUCUUUCGGCUAGAAAACGAACAUCUAAACAAUUGUGGUAAAUUUCGCGCUGUUCGCGAUAUAUCAAUAGCACCUAUAGAAAGCUCCGAUCAGACACAGAUUUUGCGCAUGAUGGAUGAGGAAAAUGGUGUACUUAAUAGAGGUAAACGUAAAAUAGGUGGUAAGCGACAAACUAAUCCCAAAGAAGACAAACGGGCUUUGCUUAAGGAAGAAACAAUUGAUAUCGACAUAUCUAAUGCUAGUUGAAAGUAGUUCAAAAAUUCGAUUCCGGGUUUCAAUUUAUAGGAAUAAAUUGUUUCAAAUGCAACAUAAUUUUAUGUAAAAAUUCGUACUUCGUUGCAAUUAGUGUAAAUCAAACAUUAUAAGUAAUUAAUGUCUUGCCCUUAUAUUUGGCAAAAUUGAAGACUAUAAAGCUUGAACCGUUGCAAGUGCCUUCUAUAUCGUUCUUAAAAGAACUCUUAGUUGAACCUUGUAUUUAAUAAUUUAAUACUGUAAUAAUAUACUAUUGUGUAAUAUAUGCUAUAAAGUCUUCCAUAAAAGUAUUUAAGCACAUAACACAUUGCUUAUCGCUAACCAACUGGUUUGAUGGAUACUUUCGAGAAACGUCUUUAAAUACUGAUUUUUCUUAGCACUUGAAUAACGUGAAUAUACACUAAUUAUUAUUAAUUACAUAUACACUAAUUAUUUUUCUGAACACUUGUUACGUUACUAGCGAUACGUUAUGUGUUAAUAAUGUAUAUAUUUGUAAGUUAUAGUCUUCAAUUUUGAAGAACAAACAUAUAGUUUGAUAUCUGAAAAUAUAUAAAGUGUAACAGAUAAUUAUAGUAUCAUCAUACGUAAUUGGUAUGUCAUAGGUAGAAACAGAAGUAUUGUUUCAAAAUAUGAAAUAUUCUUUUAUCCGAAUGUAUCUAGUGAUAAUAAAACCUAGCAUUGUAAAGUUAAAUUUCUCAUUAUAUCAUAGGAUUUACAAAUUUUACGUUUGAAAAAUAGUGAAAUAUUGGAUAAUCUCGAGAAAUAUACAUGCAACUUUAUACUGCGA